CUUCGAUCCCGGCUUCAUAGAGCUCACGGAUCGGUAGGUAACUCUAUCAUUUGUAUCUUUGUUUUUUUUUAGCUAGUAAACAUUAUUUCUGUUCCUUUCUGCGACUUUUUCGGUGACACUUAUUUGUUGAAGAACACUUGAUGCUAAACAAAAGGCGAAGAAUCUUUCCUGCAGGAAGAAAGAUAAAGCUGAUUCCAGUGAGUGCUCUUGAAGGAAAUUUGAAAUCUUCUGGUCGUGGCUCGUAAUUAAAAAUAAUGUGAGCUUUUCGCGGCAAUUUCAGCGUAGACGAUCUAGUGUGUUUCACGCAAUAACCGGAAAGUGUUUGGAAAUCUACCUCCGCAUAUAAAAACUACUUGAAGAAUGAAAGUGUUGCAAAUGUAAAGAUUUAAUCAUGGAGCUUAACGUAAAUCUGUCAGCAUGAAAUGACUGCGUUCUGAGAAAUUUCCUUUAUGAUAGACAGUACUUGCUAAUUCAAAACAAUUCUGACUGAUUUGUGAAGUUUUCGAAACACUGUUCUCCACGUACGUUGACUAAAAAGAACGAAAGUAAGGUAGUCUCAGGAAAAUGGCAAGAGGCUAAAUUAUAUAAUUAAUCAUCUAUUUACUUUUCUGAAUUUUUGAAAAUUUUCUAUCGUCACACCCAUAAUCUUCCAAGACAGACUUCUUAUCCAAUAACCAGUUUUCCUUGACGAGAAACAGCUUUAAUUUUUUGUCGAUGACAAACACAUUUCUAGUGUUUGAUUGAAGGUCUUCCAAAUACCGAAACCCCUUGAGGCAAGACAAAUCAACAUCAAAUUAAAUUAAAAUAGCAAAAUUAGAAAAAAACCUCAGAAAAAAAAAUUGCAAAGUUGGCCGAGAGCCCAACGGAAAUAGAUUAUAGCUUGUAACCGCUUAAGUUAAUGGGUUUCAGCCGAUACAAUUUUCUUUGUUAUUAUUAUUAACCUCGGCGGCAGCUGGUUGUUCAUUUGGUUUUUUUUUCGGGAUUGUUAACCAGGCUGACAAAAACAAAAUGGUAGCUGAGCCUUUGUCAAAACAAACAGGCGAACGAGCGUAUCACAAUUGGAGAGAAAGGUGUAUAGAAUUUUGUCAGCUCUGGUGAGUCGGUGCUACGUUCUUGCUCAUUUCUUCUAUUUGAUUUUGUUUUUUGUAUAUUCUCCAUUUACUUUUGUCCUCGCUUUCCAAGGCAUUGGUGAUACAACAGGCUUACUUGAGAUCAGCGUCACAGAUGCUUUUUUACCGGUUACAUUUAUUCCUAUAUAGAGAGACCUUUGCCAAAGAUUUGCAAAAAUAUCUUUGAUUCUCUCCUUUUUUCUGCACCCAUUCGGUUGUGGGUUGUAUUUCUUACUGAUUAAAAAAAUUAAAAAAUUAAACUUACACUGAAACACAAAAAUAAAGCCGAUUGAUAAAUACAAAUAGAGCCAUGGAAUAAAACGGAUAAGUAACAAUUCUAGAUUCGACUGUUGGUUUGUUGCAUACAAUUCGCAAAUAAUUGGACGGGCACUCUGUGCAAAAAUUUUCCAUAGAAAUACGUUAUACAACAGCAAAAAAAAGCUGGUCUAGGUUCAAAACCGGUUCUUUGGCGUUAAUAAUGUCUCACGGGGUAUUCAGGAACUGAACAAAGUUCUUUACAAUUAGCGGAAUUAUUUCGAAGGUUAUGAUCCUCGUCUUUCCUCGAAUUUGUGCAGCCCACAUUAUUUUUGACAGUUAUUUAAAAAGUUUGGACAUGUAUAAAAGUACAAGGUUUGUUUUUCACUUCUUUCGCGCGCUCAAUUGUAAACAUUUGCAAUGAGUUACGAUCACCACACCUAGGAUACCGAAUCAAAGUUGGAGAGGUUUGACGCUUCUUGUUCGUAAUUCGUUAACGAUGGGUGUGAUUUGUAAUGCAAUACAUUUAUCAGGAGUCCAUAUUUGUGGAGAUGAAUCUCAUGGAUUAAUAUUCGUCAAGAGAGGCAAAUACAAAAAUUUUACACGUAGAUAGCUUUAAGUGUGGGGAAAAAUCGUAAGAACCUGCUGGUAAAUGGGUAAGCUUAAAGCAAGAGUAAUGAAUUGCCUUUCUCAGUUUUAGAUAUUCCUCGAAAUGAAAAUGUUUUUUGCUAAAAUUUUGCAAAUGUUUUUAAAACUUUGUUUUUCCGCAGUCAAUCCCAAUUAAAUUCUGUUUCAUUUGAGAUAUGAUUGGUAAUUCUAAAACAAGUAAAUAGAGCAGAUAUUUAAACAAAAUAUUUCAUGGAUUUAUUCUCUAUCCGGAGAGUAUCCGGAAAUAACAAAGUUUCUUUGCAAUAUUAUGACUGGAGAGAUAAUUAUUGCACUGUCGUUUAACAUGCAACUUCUGGGUGUGUAUUUAACCUGGAGAGAAACUUAAUCACAUAACCAUAUUGACUGUGAUGUGGUUGAUCAAGCAAAACUAAAUAGGUAUGUUCUUAAUUUAUCAUUGCUUUUUGAAACAAUCGUCGCUCUUCUCGGGUAGCACUGUAUAUCUAUAUUAGAUUAGCUUGUACUGUCUGCCAUAUUUUUUCUGGCUUAGUAUCAACUUAAAAGUUUAGAUGAUUUUUUUUUCCUGUGAGCAGAAAUAACAGGCCACACAUGGGAAGUAUUCAAACCGUCUCUUCUCACUUGAGUAAAAACAUGCCACGCAUACGCUUUACACUGUAUUCAUUGGUACGUGAUAUUAUACCUUACGAAGUGCAAUAAGCUAAAACUUUUGGACUUGAUCUCUGUCGUCAAUGAUAUUUCGCGUAAACCGGACCAAGAGCGAAGAGGAGGUAAUGUUAGCCAGUCGAAAAGGGUAGACAUUCUACCUCACAAGAAUUUAUCUCAACUCAUAUACUUUUUUUAGAAACAUUUCAACCUUCCAGUGUUCACUGGAAUAAAUAAUUUGUGGCGAGAGAAAGAACAACUAUCAAAGAAGGUUUUAAAUGAUGCUCGAAUUUAUGUCCGCAAGGCAGACUGAAAGCUGAUUUAACUUCUACGUAAUAUGAAUUAUAUUUUGAUCAAGUUAUUCGCCUCUAAACAUUGUCUGAAUCACUAUCUAAGGCCACGAUCGGACAGAAUACUAAGAUUUUAGUCCUUACACCACUUAACUUGGGAAUUGCCCCAAAGACAUCGAUCCAUUUUGUGAUAUAUCGUAUAAAAAACAAUGUGUCUGGUCGUCAAACUUUACAGCAGGGAAGUGGAAAAUUUAACAAAUGUAACAGGUCACAAAAAGAUAAGUUUCGAGUAUUAAAGAUCACAAAAAUAAAUUUUAUCUACAGGAUGCAAAAAAUUUCAGUGAAUUGAACGAGUUCUCAUGGACGAAUCAUGUAAUGCCCGAAAAAUAUCAAAUUGACAUGGUUCAUCCUUCACUAAAUACGCAAGCAAUUAGCUAAAUCACUUAUUGAAAGCUGCAUCUAUAAGUCAGCUGUUUUCGUCUGGGUUAUACCAUCACGUCAAUUACGUCAGCUGUAUUAAUUAAAAAAUAACUCGAGGUUACAUUAGAAAACGCUGCAACUUCUGCGAGCAAAGUACAGUAUUGUGGUUCGCCUGGCCACUUAUCUCUUCCGAAUUUAAUCUUAUUUUCAUUCCUGUGGCUUGAGUUUUAUCUGCACAUGACAACUUGGUCAAUGUUCACAUCAGCAUGAUAAAACUUUUUUUUAUCUUUUCUUUUAAUUUCACGCACGCCUCUCGAAAAACUCUUCACGUGUUUUGUUAAGGUCAAUGGCUGAGACUUUACAGCAGGGAAGUUGGCUGAGACUUAUUAUAUGAAUGAAAUCACCUGGCAGCACUACACUUAAAGUUUGGUGAUGUUUUCGGAAUGAAAUGUCCUUCAAAAUUCACUUAUAUGUGGCAAAGGGGAAAGCCGGCUCUUUACUAACUGUCCACGCCGGAAAAUGAUCGAUAUGCCGACUUAUAAAUUGAGAGAAAUAACUAUGUAUCCUCGUCUGCAAUUGCUUAAAUCGCAGUACACGCAAGGAUUGCUGCUUUACUUGUAAGGUUAUGUAUCUUAAUUUGUAGCAUCUCACAGUUUUAAAAGUUGCAACGAUAAUUUGGCGUUGCCAACUGGUACAGGGAUCAAAACCUAUCACUAUCGAAAGUCAAAGGCCAUUAUAGUUGUAUACUGACAGUUCUUAGAUUGUAAUAGAUUGUUGAGGUGUUUGGGAGCCGGAAAUGUUUUGUCGUCGUUUUAUUAUUUCGUUUAUCGAUUCCUUAGCCGGCAUCUUGCGUAGGAAAUGAUCAAUAAGAUGUAAUUAAUUUGCAAAUUCCAAACGUCCGUGCUCAUGAAGCAGGUACUUUCAAACAAGUCAAUCAAUUGAAAAGCUUAUGACUGCAUGUAACGAUACUUUUGAAAAUAAGCAUGGAAAUUUUGGUACUCCUAUGUAAUAAAAGACUUCGACAUCUACGGUGUUCAGGGAAGUUCGUAGAAAGGAAACUGUUCCUUGUAACGUCAAAGUGCCAGCAUGAAAAAAAACUUGAAAGUUAUUACUACAAAAAAAAGUCACGAUUAUCGUUCGCUUUUACCGCUUUUAAGUAGAGAGGAAAUUUAUUUUCUAGUGAACUUUUGAAAUUAACAAUCGAGAUAAUGAUUAUUAAGAUGCGAAAAAAAAAAUAACUAAAAAAAAGCAGAUGAUGAACAUAUUGCAUUUUCCGCGGUUUGUUUCUCCCUUCCGGAUUUUUCAAAUAUUAUCUUGCCAUAAUUAGUUUUCCUAAUUUAGUAAUUACCUCAUUCUUUAGUCCUACAAGAAUAUCAUUCAAAAAACAGAAAAAAAUAAUUUCAAAAAGAGAAUAGCUGUCAGGCGUAUUGUAAAAAUACAAAGCCUGAUUUUGCCGAAAGGAAAAGACUCACUCCACCUUUUAUUCAACGUUCUCUUUGUCCAAAGUCACAUCCGCAAUAGUUAUCAAUAAUCGUAAUCAGCAGAUAUAAACAGACCGGUGACAUGGCAAUUUUCACUUCUCAGAGCUUAAAGUCGGCGACGUCAGGCGGUUUAGCCGCUUCACGUUUUUCCAAUCUAAUUCAGUGUCACAAGCAUUCUUUAAGGCGGUGUGCUCUCAACUCUUAAGGAAACCGCAGAGAGGUAAGUUUUUUUCAUGCAUGAAAACACAACAAACUACUGAGCAGAGUGUUCUUCUCACAAGAAAAAUCAAACUAUGGAGAAGAGCCUUUUCACUUGAAGAAUUCGACGUUUUAUUUUCGGAUGUAAUUUUUUUAAAGUGUUAAUAUCUCGUCGCCUGAAGUUACUCUUCAAAUAUUCGCCCUAACUAAUUAUCCAUCAUAAGCUGUGAUAGUUGCGGCAGGAAAAAUGUGACCCUUUGAAAUGAUUGGAUGAGGUUGGCCACGUGAUAGGUCAGUACUCUUCGAAUACCGAGCCACAAUAUCGAGGGAGUAGUAAUUAGUGAUCCGAAAAGAGUCUUAUAUCAAGCGGAAAAUCGCGCUCUUAACAAUGGACAAAUAUUUCUUUUUCUAAAUGCCGGCUUGGCGCUUACGGAGUUAAAGCUUGUGACUUGGCAACAAUAGUCACCAACUGAUCAUAAAUAGACACUCUUCCCAGAAAACUAUGUAUCAAGUAAGUAUGAGAUAAAAUUUUGGCGAAGCUUGGCUGCUAAAACCCGCAAUCCAUCUUCAAGGUUAGUGUGCAGAAGCAAAUAUUGUAGUAGUUAUGAAUUUUCUAGCAGUUAUUUGACACUGAGAUGUGAAACGUAAUGAUAAGAAAUUCAACGAUGACUCAGGGGCUUUGACGGAGAUAAGAUCUGUUAUAAUAAACACGUGUAAGGAAAAGUGAGUAUCCCUAGGGAAGAGUGAAGCCCAAGUUUGCCUUAUCGCUUCGAGUGAUUAACUUUAUUGGCGACUUAAUCAUGAUGAGUGGUGUUUUCGUGGCGCAAACAAAGUUUUACAAACAUUGUUAAGAUAUGUCAUAAUUGUAUAUGGCGCGUAGUCGAUUCACACCCAGGGUAUACGUAGUGUGGUAGUACCUACAGUGAAGGAGAAUGAACAAUGAACUGGAAAUAUUGACUUUAAGCGAAUAGUUCUUGGCAACUUUCUACGACAAAACCGUAACAAGUUCUGUUGGAGAUGAGGCUUUGAAUAAUAGGGUUAUCAUUAGGAAAAAUUAUAGACAUAAAGGAAGAAUGUUUACACUCCAGUCGAGAAUCAAAAGCUCUACAAGUCGGUAUUGAAAACCUUGUGCGCAAACGUUCAAAACCAUCAACUGUACUGCAUAUGGCUUUGUAAACUGUAAGAAAUAUGAGAACAUAGCUAAUUCCUAGACGUUUUCCAACAAGUGUGCUAAUAUCAAAUGAUAUUUGUCCAGCACCAAGUAAUGUUUCAAGUUCUCCGGCUCUCCGUGUUAGAGCACUUUGAGCAGAAAAACAUCUGGAACAUUUGAAUGGUGCGUUGAAGAAAAUUUGUGUAUAAGGCCUUAAUAAGUAUUUUUAAAACUUUAAACUUCAAUAGUUAUAUGCAUUAGUCUUAAUUAUGAAUCGCCUUUGAGGCGACAAGUUAAUAAAAUGAUAGACUGAAAAAGUCGUCUAGUUAUAGUUACUUCUUAAACAGUUUUCUUUUCGAUCGAAAAUAGCAGAACGAGAGAAUAUCUAAACAAUUUCGGUUUGGCUCUAAUUUGACAAUAAUCUUUUAUUAAGAUAUAUAUAAAUAUCAGUUUUUAAAAAUAAUUAAGGCAUGUUUUCCUUUUAGAAGUUUACCCUGCUGUUCCUAUUGACAAACAUGGCCGGUUACAACCGGUGCCCUUAUUGUUUUCGCGCAGUGGAAAAUUUCAAAUCUCCUCCAGAGCUAAUUUUCUCUAAAAUAUAAUAGAUGUGAAAUGUGGUGGAAUAACCGCUCCUUCAUGUGUUCGCAAUUUAUUUAAUACUAUUUAGCCUUUGUUAAAAAACACGCAUAAGGUAUUUAUUGGUUGAUAGUUUUCAUGACAAACAGUAUAGGUCACUUUUUUUUUAAGUUGUUGAAUAUGUCUCGACAAUUCUCAGUUCUGAAAUUAGCACUUUCUAGCAUGUCUUUUUCGGUGCACGCUUGAGUAAUUUCGUAAAUGUAAUUACGUUGCGGUUUUUACGGGGAACACGCAAGGCGUUUUUUUAAAAUAUGAUUUCCAACGAGUUUAGGAGGAAAUCAGCUACACAAUCUUGACUUGAAUCGCAGAUUUGUUCAUGCUAGCAAAGCCACUUUUUUUUCGGUGCAAAUGCCUAUCUCAGGGGUAAACAUUUUUUUAACAAAAACAUAUUGUUUCGAAAGGGUUUUUUCGUUCACUUUCAAAUCUUUUUCGGAAGUGGGUUAUUUACAUUCAUGACCGCAAUUGUGUUUCAUUUUACGGUAUUAAAAUAUAAACAGUUGUUUCGGCUAAAUCAACAUGAACUGUUUCAUUAGCAAAGGUGAUAAUUUUCUAAAGGAGCUUUGGUGCAGCGUCGGUGGAGAGUAUAACAUGGUAAUUUAGUUUUACCUGCUGAGUUCAUAACUUAAUUUGACCACCGUAAAGACUGUUUCUUAAGCUGACGUUUCAACUGUUAGCCCUUCGUUUGAGCGAAGUAUAAGUGGUAGCAGCCUCGGAAACUCGCUUCCAACACUAGUUUCGGUUACGUCUGACAUGUUUCGCUUCCUUUCCUGCCAAUCCAAAUACAACUGAAAAAUGUUAAACCAAAAUUGCUCAUCUUCUCAAUAAACUUUAUUUGUUGAGACUUAAUUUAGAAUCGCCCUUAAGUCGGAAGGCUUUUGAAAAUCUUUAAAUAUAGAAAAGGGAAGAGAGAGAAUAGAGAAUAUAGGGGAAUAUUUUAAAGAGAACUAUUCAUUGAAGUGACAAAGGUAAGGAAGUGUUCAAGAACCGAUUUCCUAAGUUUCGUAUCAGUCUUUCUAUUGAUGCAUGUAUACAACACUCUCUUCACUUAACAUUCUUUAAAAUUGUAGAUUUAAAGGGUAAAACCAUUUUUGCUAUAACUCUCACCCUUUUCAGUUGGCGACGACGGUAUUUAAAUUAGGUUGAGGUAGCAUGAAAGUUCCGUGAAAUAAUAGCUAUGCUUAAACCUGUCUCUUUAAGAACAUAAUCACCCAAGUGGAAUUCUGGCGCCCGACGGCUGAGUCUUCUAGACAUAUUAAAUUUGAUGAUAUUGAUUUAGGGCCGAUUGAAAGGCGACUUGUGUUUUGAUAAUAUCACUUCCACAAGAAGGUGCCAUUCCUUUUUAGCUGAAACUUCUGAAGUGUUUGUCAUACAAUUCAACUCAUUGGCUAAACGUCAAGUGUAUUUCUCCAAAAACAAAGAGCGUCUUGACGAGAAUGUGUGAUUUAUAAGUUAUUCUAUUCAUUUUCCAUGACCGGCCAGUAACGAACCUGUAAUUUUUUCAUUUUCAAUAGUACCGUCUUUCAGAAACAAGUCAUAAUUCACUGACGCUUACUGCGAUUCAGGGCUGAAAAACAAAGUUUACAAAGUCAGGUAUAAUACCCAGGCUCUUCGCGUUGCUAGGAUAUGCAGGAAAAACAACUUCGAGAAGGCUUGAAAGCGACGUGAGCCCAUCAUUAUCUAUUCCAUCAUCCGCGUCAGAAAACUCGCAGCAAGAAGUUUCCUACUAAGAUUUGCUUUAAAUGCGCCAGUUGUUUAACAGGUAAGAAGGGAUUUCUGAACGUUUUCAUCCCUCUAAUCCCAAGUUCUGUUGAACCGCAACUGUCUCAUCAGGUACGAAUAUAUUUAUGUGUUGACUGCUCUUAAGAAUUUGGUGUUGUUUACAGAUAUUUCCUUGUUGAUCAUUUUCUUACUUCUCACCACUUACACGUUUGUAAGUGUCUUAAAAUCGUACGAAGAAUUCAAUACACUAUACUUUUGAAAGCGGAAGGCGGCAGGAAAAUCAUUAAUAUUUCAGUUUCGAAGGGGAAAAGUUAGUGAAUAAAAAGUUUGAUACGACCUCUUUUCGAUGGAGCUUUGUUUCAGGAACGUGCCAUCUUAAAUGAGAUCAAUUUACCAAUCAUGCAUCUUCCGUAAUUUCAUCGAGUGAUUCAUUAUCAUCGUGUUGAUAGCUUUUAUAAGUUAUUAUUUAGCGUUUUUAGCUGUCUAAUCCAUUCGCAGAUCGUAUUUGUAACCUGCAUUUGUCUAGGAAGCUGACUCAUUUUGAGAGGCUAUAAUUCGAAAUAAACGCCGGAACACUAUUUUUAAAAUUAAGCCAAUUACUCUGUCCGAAAGAAAUACGAAGUGAUUUGAAAAAUUUGUGGACUCACACCACGAGAGUUUAAUUGUUUGUUGUUUAUUUGCUUAUUUUGCCAUUUUUCAAUCAUAAUGCAUCAGUAGAAAUAAAAAUAAUUACACAUACGCUAAUAUAAUAUAAUAGAACUGAAAAUUUAACACGUGGCGAGGAAACCUGUAAAGAAACCAAGAAGCUUAUGCGAGCUGCUGGCACCUCAUAUUUUACAAAAGUAAGGCAUCAGUUAUAUGGUGUGAUCUAGGUUUAAAAGGAAAGAACACUCAUAAAACAACAACAAAAUAGCAGGUACUCAAACAAACAUAUACUUAAGCAGCUUGAGAGGAGUGAGCAAAAUAUGAGGAAGAGGGGAUUUAACUUAGGAGUAAUGUUCGCAAUUUAUAUUUAAACAGGGAAAUUGUGCCAUCAUUUUGGACUUCUAUAUUCAGAGAAUUGAAAAAUUAAGGUCCUUGGAAAUAUAACGCAAACUGUCUGAUAUUUGUUUCUGCAAGAAGGCAUGUGAAAGGAAUUGCAUUGUCUGGUGUAAUGGCAAUAAAUGCCACUUGAGAACGAAAAUAAUCUUUCAAGAGCAUAUUUGGAAAACAGUUGGUAUGCAAAAAGGCAUGCUUCGGAAACAGAUGUGACAAAUUUCUUAAAUGUGUUAAAAAGAUAUCCAAUUUAGAAACGGCCCCCCACCUAUGGUCCUGUUUGCCUCGGUGCCAUCGAACUUAGCCUCGUUCUCAACAGGCAAUGCCACUUUGAUUGUGGUAGCCAAUCAGGUUGCAAUAAUUCUUCCAGCUUUGCAAAUUCAGCGUUUGAGGUUAAAUAGUUAUCUUCUUGUAUGCGAAGAUAAAAGAUAAGGAAAUAGUAAGUCUUCUCCAUCUGAAAUCAUCCUCGAUCGUCCUUUGUUUGAUCAUUCCUCGGUGUUUUUUGUCUACAUGAUUUCAGUCUGUUCAAGAGAAUUAAUCAGUAUUGAAGCGAAAACGACUCAAAAUUCUGUGAUUAAACUCCCUCGCAUUUCUCACGAAGAACUUUUAAAACGAUUCAAAAUUAUUUUUUAAUGGUCUACCAAGAGGUUGCAGGAUUAAAGAGGUUAAGUCUAUGUCUUAAUUAAUACGGCUUUUUGUGGUCAUAAUCUGUUUAGCCCGACUUGCGUACGUGUGAGGGACACUGACGUAAACUUAUCUGGGGAAAACUUUAAAUGACAUCAAAACGAGAAGAGGAAAAAUUGCUUUUUAAAGUUUUGUAAAUAUUGACAAAUUGGCAUAUCGAGGAUGAAGCGGUAAUUUUCUAUUUAUAAGUAAGAACCUUGUCACAAUCGACCUUUGAAGUGAUGAUAAAUUUUUGCUUUAUCAGCGCUGUUUCAGUGGCAUGAUAUCGCGCCUUUACGUAAGCAAUGUUUAAAUUGUAAAACACAAUUCUCUUUGUAUCUGCCGGCGUGAAAAACUAGAUGAGUUACGCCCAAAAAUAUAAAAUAAGUAUAUUACUCUUUUCAUUAAAACUGAGUCGAAAAAAAUUUUUUUAAAUACGCGGUUCCCAAAGUCAAAACGAAUAAAUAAAUUUUCUCUCUCGCAGACUUUUAUUGACAGCGGUAACAAAACAGACCUCUUGGAGGUUUUACAUGUAAUGCACACGAUGACUUUUAAAAGGAAGUCUAUUUUAUACACUGGUACGCCGUUGCGUUACGCUAAGAUUUUUUUAACCACUUUUAAACAUUAUCUCAGAUAUCUUAAUUUCCUUGGGGUUUUCUUUCAUAAUAUAUGUUUUGUCGCUUUCACGAACGUGUGCCUUAGUUAUGAUUGAACCGAUCUCGAGGUUGCCUUUCAAAAUUUCGCAGUCAACAGAUUUCAAAGCCCGAAGGCACGGAAUAGAGAAUCUCUUAAAAGUGGCAUUUUAUUUAUCUUUUUGGCGUCAUUUUUCUUGUUAUGCCCUUUGCAACCUUUUUUUAUUUCUGCUCUGUUCGAACUCAAAGAUGUUCAAGAGUUGCAUAAAGAGUGCAUCCUUAAUUUCGCGGAGCGGCGGCAAAACUAAAAAAAUUAAUUCAAGUAACACUACAGAAAACAGAAGUCGUUAGAAACAAUGAUGAUUACUUGUUUCAGAAAGUCAUGGCGAUAAUUGGAACGGCGAGGUUGAAACAUGGUGACAAAUUGAUCACGACAGGUUUGAAAUAUAGAGCUGUACUUGGCUCAACUCUAAUCAUGCGCUUCGAGAAAUGUGACAGCUUUCUGAUGUCUUAUUCGUGACAAGAAUGUUUUGGUUUUUCUCUUGGACAAGAUAAAAUCCGGAUCCUACUAACUAAGAAUGAAUAGGCUGCCAAUAGCCGUAUUGAAAAAACAAAUUGUUAUCCCAUAUAUUAAUUUUGAUCUGUAGGAUUCUUCUCUUUUUAAUAACGAAGGAAACCGUAAUGAUUUCUAAUUUCCCAUACCUAGUUGGAUCUCGUAAUUUGCUGAUAUCUUCCGUUUGAGCGCGUUUGAGUUAUAAACAGUCUUUGAAAGACCUCCAAUUGUUAUAUCGUGUUCCGUUCCAUAAAAAUUCACGUGAGCAGAGGUACAAGAGCUAUCCGCCUGAUCAGUUCAGAGAGAUUCACACAAGAUAUUUCAAGCGCACGAAAACCACAUACUGGUAAAGCAUUUCAGUGUAGUUCUAAGUUAAAUACAACAGUUUCCUAAGAUUCAUGACACAGUUAGAGAAGGGAUUCUACAUGUGCACGCGAACAGAGAAAGCAACAAAGUGAGGUCUGUGAUGAUAUGUUCCGCGUUAGAAAGAAAUUCGCCGUUCAGUGUAUUUUCAAGUUAUUUUUAACCAAGAAUUGUUAAAAAAAAAAACAGUGGUAGAUCGGACGCUUUGAAUUCAUUAGUUAUUGGUGAAAUGCGAGUUUUUCGCAUAACUUUUAGCAAACUCGAUCAAUCUUAAGCGUUAUAUGAGUAAAACAGUUAAGGUUUGCAGAUGUUACUCAAUCUAGAAGCUCUUGGAGAAAAUUAUUCAGAAGAAAACGAUCUUUUACAGUUGAAAAGCUUUAAUAAGAGUCAGCAAUUAGACUGUUUAAUAAUUUUCAUUAUGAUUCCUUUUUCAGCAAUUUCGUAAACUUGAUUCUUGAUAAAAAAAAAAAAAAAAAAAUUCGGAAUUCGCUGCAUAGUGGCGGAUGGAAAGGACAUCAACCCGAGCCGUGAACAGAACUUCAAGUGUUGUUAAGAUAUAUACACGGGAUAAAUAUUGUUCCUAUUUCCGCCGCUUCUACCGAAAUAGAGCGUUCACUGAAGCGUUGCCUUAAUCGACAGCUGAUGCUGAAUUACUUAAAUAUUGCAAGAACUUUACGCCAGCUUGAAUCGUCUCGAACUCCAUACCACUGAAUUCAGCGUAUGAGGCUACGAUGAUUGUUGUAACUUUUUUGGUUUUUGUCCUCAUGUAAAUAUGAUUAUCAGGAAAGUUAACAAACGAAUCUUCCCUUAAGUCCAUAGCUACCACUUCCUUGAAGCGGAGGAAAUGGGAGCUAUCGUUUCUCUAGCGGCAGUUUCCACCAGUAAUGCGAAGCAACUUUAAAAUAUACGGCGCGAUUUUGCAGUUUAACUGCAUGUUUUCGAUGUCAUCAAUCGCCUCGGUCUCUUUCGCUGUAGCGUAAGUGUUUGUCCAAACAUGAAUUUGUUUGCCACUUGCUCUCGUCAUCACAGCAGGACAAAACAUGGGCUUGAAAGCGGAUUGACCAAUCAGAUGAUGCGUACCAUGUAAAGUUCGUAAUAACGCAAGUUGAUCAAGUUGACCACUCUUAUGUGAUGUCGUCGAACGUGAUGCAAGUUAUUGUCCUAAUAUGUAAAGCGGCUCUUUUGUGGACUUUUAAUAACUGAUCGAUUUUAAUGCAACAGAGUAAACUGUAUCAGAAAAUUUAAUAUUUCAGGAUAUCGCAGCUGUACAAAAAUAACCAAAAAGAAAAUAGCUGAUUAUUAUCAGCAAUUUUUCUUUACCAAGCUGAAAGAAAACAUGUGUUGUACGUGAUCCCAGAGGAAUAAAUCUUAGCUCUGUUUUUGUGUUGGUGUGAAGACAAAAUAUUUCACUGAGCAAAACUGACUGAAUACAAAACUGAAGCCAAAAUUGGAAGCUGAAGAAAGAAACGAAAAAAUAUCGGUAGGCAAGCAGAAAAGUAAGUUUUUUGAGUGAGAUUUUCAAAUUGAGCCAAACUAACUGAAAUUAGGACACAGGCUAGAUUAAAACCCUACUUGCUGAGCACUGAAUUCUUGGUUUUAGGUUUUUCCCUCGUUAGAAUUUUUGUUCCUACGAUUUCAACGUUGUAAGCGAUCUUUUCAUAAUGACUGACAAAUAAUUUUCAUAUCAAACGCUGAAAAAUCUGCCGCGAUUCAUUGUCAUUGUGUUAAGUUUGGGGAAAAUAUAAAAUACAUCCUUCAGGUUUAUCAUUGAAAUAAUUUUAACGGAGUCCUCCGACAUAUCACCAGAACAUCGUGUCAGCUAGUACCUCGUAUUUUAAAGUCACGUCUAGAAGUUAUUAACAUUUAACUUCAUAAACCAGAUUACAUCGCUAACCACCUCGGUUUCUUCUUUAUGCAGGUGAGCAUUGAGGAGAAAUAUGUAUACUGGCUUUGCAAUCUUUUUCUCUAUAUUGAUAUUUGUUAACCUGGUGGGAAAUACCCUGGUGAUUCUCGCUGUUAGCCUAAACAAGGCCAUGAGAUCUCCAAUCAACUAUUUGCUGAUCAACUUAGCAACCGCUGACAUGAUUGUGGCGCUGUUUAUAGGAAUACCAUUCGUCGUUACACCUACCCUCACCCACCCGGAGGGGAAACCAGGCGACAUUCUCUGCAAGCUGUUCACUGGUGGUAACGUGGGAUGGGUGGGUGCGCUGGCUUCUGUUUUCACUCUGGUGGCUGUCGCAAUUGAGCGGUACGGCGCUGUAUUAUAUCCUCACAGCCAGAAAGGAAAACUAACAAGAACCAGGUUAACAGUCCUUAUUGCCACUUGCUGGACGCUUUCUGCUUUGUGGGCUAUCCCAGGGUUCAACGCGAUCACGUAUAUGCCGGAAAUAAAAAGUUGUGCGCACAGCUGGUCGAAGCCAAUCUAUGCACAGUUUUACACGGUUGGGUGGUCUGUGGUCGCCGGUGUCAUUCCUAUAGGAAUAUUGGGAGCGCUUUACUCAAGAAUGGUGUAUCACCUGUGGCUUAGAAAAGACAACAUUAGAGAAGCGACUCAGAAGGCUUUGAAACGCCACCGGAAACGCGUCACAAAGAUGGUCGUUGUUGUGACAGUUAUUUACGUUUUGUGCUGGGUUCCUGAACUGUUAAUAUACUUUCUGGGUUUUACGGGCACCAUCACUCUUGUAGGAGUCCAUCACGCGAUUGCUUCAGCCUUGAUCGUGUUCAACUCCAGCGUGAACCCGAUUGUGUACAGCUUACAGAGCAGUCAGUUUAGGAAACACUUGACUGAUUUGAUCUUCUGUAAGCGUAACAGGGUGGCACCCGUGAGUUCUACUGCCACGGCAAGCACAGGAAAACGACAAGAUUUGGAAAUGGAAGGCGAAACAAAGAUGACAGUACAUCCAAGUCAAGACGUAGAGUCAGUGACAGUGACGUAGAAAAUGUUCAUAUGAACAUUGUAGCCCUAAGGAACAGGGAGACCAGGAUGAGCACUGUUCAAAUUAGGAAUCUUGUGCUCAGUCAAAGAAGGAAAGAUGAGGUUGAGCAGAGAAAAAGAUUGAGUCGCCUUCAGUACAUUGCCCAGGACAAAAGAGCGUACUUUAUAUCAUAUUUGCUUUAAUAUUACAGACUCACACUUUCCUCAUAAAUAUUCAUUCCUUCGGUGUGAAGAUGUUUGUUCUCUUAAGG